AUGGCUGAGUUGCUGGGAAAUGCGGCUAUUCUUGAGAGUCUGAAACAAGAUGUAUCUGAUCUGCAGUGGGCCAUUGGUGAAAUUGUUUCAAGGAUUGGGCCUGUGCAGCAUCCAUCAUGGAAAUUUCCCGACAAACUAUCAUGUGACCUAGACAUAGAGGAUCUUCUUGAUCUGUACAGUUAUUCUGAUGAUACAGAAGAAUGUCAGGUGGCCCACAUUGCACUGUAUGAACUGGUUAUUGACAGAUUUGUGUAUUUGAUGCAGACUCUGUCAGCCUACAAUAAGCAGACCAUGUCUCGAGGUGGCAUAGAUCUGACAGACACCAGUAGUACAUCUGUUGGCCUGGUCGUCAAGCAGUACUGUAAUCGACAGAUACAGCUUCAGACCAUGCUCCAACAAACCAUGUCAGACAUCAAAACAAAAAACAGAAAACUAGAAGAGAUAGAAAAUAACAUGAAGAAGAUGUCUGACCCACUAGAGGAUGGUUCUCGCACAGGUUCAAACAUGUCCCUGAACAGUGUGGGUCAGUUGUCCAACAAAUCUGUGACAGCCAUGAGUGCCAUCUACACUGCUAGACAGUUUGAGGAGAUUGCAAGGGACGCCAACAGUAAAUCUUGUCAGACAAAAGAGACAGCUUUUGUUCCUUGUGAAGCAUGUCAUAUUGCUCAGAAAAGUUUUAAGACAACUGGUGACUUAAUUGUCAAUAUGUGUAAAAAUCAGAAACUACCGUCCAGUCUACAGCAAUAUCGUCCAUUAGUGGCUGAAUUAAAAUGGUUAUCAUCCAAUGAUAUGGCCAGAUGGGCAGGAGAACAAAAUAAAGACCUGAACAGAAUCAACAAAAACCAGGACAACAUUCUGGAAGUUAUAGCAAACCUCAAAGAUGAGGUGGAAACAUAUGAAAAAAAGUGUAAGAAGUUGGAAAAGCGAGUGUCAAACUUUGAUAGUGAAAUGAGGACAGAACGUGAAGUGCAGUCAGCUCUAAGGAAACAGUUUGACCUCAAGGUCAAGGACAUGCAACAUGACCACCAGGAAACUGUUGCUGUGAUAACCAUGCAAAAGAAUGAGCUAGCAUCAACAAAGACAGAUCUAGAAAAACAGCUGCAGGCUUACAAAGCAGACUUGGAAAGACAACAAUCCCUACUAACAACUCUAGAGGACACAAGAGAUCGUUUAAUGAAAGAUUUGGAGGAAAACAAAGCCAAUGCUGAAGACAUCCAGAAACUUCAAAGUGAACUUAUAAAGAUCCAAAGUCAGUUUGAGAAGUCCUCGAAGGAGCUCUCUCGUGAACUGGCGAAGAAUAAGAGCUCUUCAAAACAUGGGAAGAGUCUACAGACAAAACAAGACAUGUUGCUGCAGAGACUGGAUACACUGGACCAAGAGAAUGAAGAACUGAAGGACCAGGUGGGAUUGGCUGAGGAGGAGCGAGAGGCAGCCCAGGAAUCCCUAGAGAAGGCGCUGGAGCAGGUCACCAAGUUACAGACCAAGAUCAAGGGUGAUGAGGAAUUGAUAGAACAUUUGAGUGCAGAAAAGGAACAGCUACAGGAAUCCAUCAGUCAGUUGGAAACCAGCAUAAAGACUUUAGAACAUCAACUGGAGGACGCAAAGGAGCGAGAGAGACUGAUGAUAGAGUACCCGGAUCUUAACGGACCAGUCAACCGUGACCUCCAAGGUACUGGUGAUAUUGUGGUUGAUAUGGAGAACCAAGUGAAGGCCAACUCUCAAAGGAUCACAAUUCUUGAGGAACAAAAUGAGGGUCUGAGGAAUUCCAUUACCAAGAUUUUGUCUAUCCAGCGAGGUCCUGGUGGGUCACCUCCAAAACAAGCAUGGGUUGAAACGACUCUGAAGCCAGUAACACUCUGGAACCAGCAACAGUUGGACAAAGCUCAAAGUGAGGCUAACAAUGUGUGGAUGCCAGAGAGUUCCACUGCAAAAGAACACACCACAUCUCCUAUGCGGGAACAGAAUGGUGGACACCCAGAAAUGAAAACACAGUUUAAUCAGCAGCACAGUACUGUUAGAAAAGAGCACAGCAAAGCCAAAUCCCCUCCGUUGGAGAGUAAGACAAAAACACCUAUGGAGGAGUUUGUCGUGGGACGGAGCAGCAGACCUUCAAGUGCCAGUCGGAGAGGGGAAACUCCCAGUACUGGAAGUCGUAGUCGACCUUCCAGUGGGAAAGUGAUGGCUCCUGUCAACUCAAGCAGCAUAAGUGCCUACAUACAGAUAAGGAAGGCUGCAAAACUUGGAGUCAGUGAUCUUAACACCAUGACACAUUCCAAAGGCGUGAGUGUAAGGCCACCUUCUGGUAAAAUAUCCAAAGCAACAAGGGAGAUAACUACAGCAGGCAGUGAUACAGACUAUACCAAGAAGGACAUGUUUUCGUGUGAAAAGUGUGAUAAGAUGUAUUCUAGAAUGCGGGACUUAGAAAUCCACAAAUCUUAUUGUACAGGGUAAUCCUGCAAUAAUCACACAUUCCUCCAUAACAAGACAUGUAGGUGACUAUGGGGAGAUAUAUGCAGUCCUACAUUAAUCCUACAUCCUUCCAAAUAGAACAAGGAUAAUGUAAAUGGCAUGGCUGUGCAGAGAUUCAUAUAGUUCUACACCAAUCACACAUUCCUCUGUAGCAGGACAUAUGUGCCUGUACAGAAAUUGAUUAACACUUACAAAAAGUCAGU